GUGCUGGCCAAGACGUACGGCCUUGAACUCCUCCAGGCUCACUUCUGUAAGUUUGUCUACGACCUGCUGCAGUUUGUCAGUCCGCUGCUGCUCAAGUCCUCAAGCUGUAUGCGUGGGAGUCGUCGUUUCAGGACAAAGUGGAGGACAUCCGUAGGAAGGAGCUGGACAUCCUGAAGAAGACGGCCUACCUCAACGCUUUCUCCACCUUUUGCUGGACGUGUGCUCCCUUCAUGACCCGUAUCCUGGUGACGCACGGAGUGCACUGGCUGCCCCAGGUAGACAGGAUCGUUGUCCUCACAGACGGGCGUAUCUCCGAAAUCGGCUCGUACGAGGAGUUGAUGUCGCACGACGGCGCCUUCGCGCAGUUCCUCCGGAUGUAUCUGGCCACGGAGGAGAGCGAUGACGAGGAUGAGAAAGACCCGGAGAUUGCCGCCAUCAAGGCCCGCAUGAUGGAGCGUGUGGACAGUGUGACCUCUGACACCGGGGCCACUUCCGGCGACGAGAGGGUCAGGUCAAGGACCGGGGGAUAGACUGAUCGAGGAAGAGAAGGCGGAGACGGGGAAGGUGAAGUUUGCAGUAUUUAUGGACUACUUCCGAGCGAUCGGUCUCCUGGCCACUUGUUCCUUCCUGGCGUUCUUCGCGGGCUACCAAGCGGCCAGCGUCUACUCGAGUAUCUGGCUGUCUGAUUGGACGGCUGAUCCCGUUCUGAAUAACCUGAGUCUGUCCAACACAAGCCAAUACCAGGACAAGAACGAUAUGUACCUAGGGGUCUAUGGAGGACUGGGGAUUGUUCAAGCGGUUCUACAUCCCAACCUCGCGACAGCUCAAACGUAUCGAGUCCACCACUCGCUCCCCCAUCUACACCCACUUCAGCGAGACCAUCACCGGCGCAGCCUCAAUCCGCGCCUACAAGGUCGACACGCGGUUCAUCCACGACUCGGAGUCCAAGGUCGACAAGAAUCUCGUCUUCUACUUCGCCGGGAUCGCCUCAAACAGAUUGGAAUUGUGGGCCGUACAGGAGCAGGCAAAUCCUCCAUGACAGUGGCGCUCUUCCGCCUGAUUGAAGCAGCCAGCGGCAGCAUCAUCAUCGACAGCAACACCAUCAGUGACAUCGGACUGCACGACCUCCGCAGCAAAAUCACCAUCUUACCUCAAUGUUGGCCAGAGACAGCUGGUGUGCCUAGCGCGCUCCCUCCUGCGGAAGACGAAGAUCCUGGUUCUGGACGAGGCAACAGCGGCCGUGGAUAUGGAGACAGACGACCUCAUCCAGAAGACCAUACGGUCCGAGUUCAAAGAUUGCACAGUGCUCACUAUAGCUCACCGGCUCAACACUAUACUGGACUAUGACAGAAUCAUGGUCCUGGAUCAGGGGCAGAUAAUUGAGCUGGACACGCCGGCCAAGCUCUUGGAGAACACCAAGUCUGUCUUCUACGGCAUGUGUAAGGACGCCAACUUGGUGUGAGGGACGCUGUGCGGCUCUGUGUGUGUGCGUGGGUGUGUGGAGGGGAGAACUGAUUGAUGUGUGUCGGAGAGAGGGACGUGUGUAGUGUGUGGGACAUACACACAAGAUGCCCGGAAAUAUCAGCGUUGACGACGCCUGCAAAUAGAGACGUUGACGCCCGGAAAUAUCGGUUUUGACUCCAGGAAAUAUCGGCUUUGACAUCCGGAAAUAUCGGCUUUGACAUCCGGAAAUAUCGGCUUUGACAUCCGGAAAUAUCGGCUUUGACAUCCGGAAAUAUUAGCGUUGACGACGCCCGGAAAUAUCAGCUUUGACUACGCCGGCAAAUAUGGGCGUUGACUCCCGGUGGAAAUAUCGGCGAAGUGCCUGGAGCGAGAGAACAGUGUUGUGACUUCCUGAUUCCUGUCGCACAGCAACAUUCGGUCAGUGGAUGGUUCUUUUCAAGCCCGAGGAAUAUUGGGCACACUGGUAUGUCUCUGAGUUUGGCCAAUAUUGGGCACACCGGUAUGUCUCUGAGUUUGGCCAAUAUUGGGCACACCGGUAUGUCUCUGAGUUUGGCCAAUAUUGGGCACACCGGUUUGGAAGCUGCCUACUUCAAUCUGUCCCUGAGUUUUAAGCAAAAAAAAUUCUGAAAUUAUGCAAACUGAGCCCAAAAAUGUGAUAUUAUGCGAUUUAGUUAAUUUUAACAAA